AGUGAGGCCUAACUGUGCCUGUCCCCUGGACUGAGUAGGUUGCUAGGAGACCAAGUGGGCGGAGCUUAGCCUUCAAACUGGCAGCAAUUGGAUAAAAACUAUUAUUCCUCUCCCUGUAAUUAGGACUUCAUUUUUCUUUUCUUUUUGUUGUAUCAACCUAGAGCCGUGAAUGAUGGGUUGUUUUGUCAAAUUUCGAGGUUGGGGGGCCUGUAGUUUUGUUGUUUUGUCCGCUGCCCUGAUGCCAUCACUCUUUUAUAUAUAUAGAUGUGAUCAGCCCUGAGUCCCCUUUGGGGUGAGAAGGGCGGAAUAUAAAUACUGUAAAUAAAUAAAUAAAUAAAUAUUAUCCUUUUAUACAACCUAAUAAAAUAUUUUUAAAAACAUGGGCGGGAAAAGAGAAAGCUGGGUGGAAAAUUACCAUACGCAAUUCAACAGACAAAUGUGAAGUCCUUUAUGAGGGACAAACGUAAUAAUUAAGUGCCCGUGAGUCAGCAGGAUACUGCAAAAAAUAAUAAUACGAGUAAUGUGAUUAUUGGCUCUCACAACAGAAUUCCAAAACACUCCAAGUGAUGCUUCUAAAUUUAUUCUGCACUCUCAUUAGAGUUCCCAACGUCAGUACCAGUCUAGUGUAUACAUGUCUAGACUCUCCAUAGGUCUCUUUCCACCCACUUCUUCUUCUGCAUUGUAAGACAUUAUGAGGCCACUCUGUCCAAGUUCCAAAACAACCGAUGACAGUCCCUUAAUCAAAUAAGCUGAGAAAGAGAGCAGCUGCAUUGCAAGACGAGUCUCUCCUACCAACAGAAGAUUCAAAGUGAUUGACUGAAGACAAUUGAAGGAAGAAGGCAACAGUGAAACAGAGAGGGAGCAAAAUGCUCCGGAAUUAACUGUGGUCAAUAAAGUGGGAAAAGGUAGAAGACCUGCAGAUUGAGAGAGAGGAGGAGGACAACACACCGGCAUAAUGAGCAACCUGAAUUAUGGGGAGAUGAAAGCCAAUUCUCCUGUGACAGAUGAUCCAGUUCCUUUCUCAGAAACACAGCCCUACCAAGAGUCUGAACCACUGAAGCUUCCUGCUAGACCACCAUCACCCAGUGGCUAUGGGGCACCACCCCCAUCAUACCAAUCUUCUUAUGGGCCACCUGAUGCCCAGUUCAGCCAAGGACCCGACUUCCAGCCCCAGCAGACCAUCUUCAUCAUACCUGAGCAGCCUACCAAGGAACCAGAUAACUUGAUCUUCUCCAUCUUUACUAUGCUUUGCUGUUUCUUCCCCUUGGGUAUCGCUGCCUUAGUUUUUUCUAUAAAGACCCAGGUAGCCAAUAAUAAUGGAAAUGUACUAUCUGCUCAGAAGAAUUCCAGGCUUUCGGUCAUCAUGGCCCGUGCAGCCCUUGGAUUUGGAAUCGUGUUCUGGAUUUUGUAUAUCAUCAUUUUGACUGUAUGAUGCAACACCCUUAAUCCUAAAGUUAUCCCCUCCCCAAUGAGCCAGUCAGAGAAACAUGCUUUGCUGUCAUCCUCUUUAGAUCAUUCCAUAAAGAGAUGGUGCAGAUCACCCCUAUGAUAUUUUCCUUUUUCGCACUUGACCAUGAAAUACACACAGCAUUGUAUUUGCAAGCUGUCUAAAAACUCUGCUUAGUAGUGGCCCAUCUCUAUCAUAUGAAGAAUAUUAGAUGAGAUCUAGCGCUGUGCUACAAAAAUAUUGCCUACCAGGUCAACAAAAUCCCAAGGACCAUAUAUGAAAAACAGACCACUGUGAUGACUAGAAAAUGUCCAUAUGUUUAACAUGAUUAACCUCGCUAUUUUAAUGUUGUCAAUAAUAAAAUUCCAUCAAGAGAUUGGGAUGAAUUCUUUCCAGGGGUAGCUCUGCAAUCUCUUUCUCUACCCAGUUAUUCUUUCUGUUGUUGAACCCUUCCUCCAGCCUUGUGCUCUUCUGUCCUCUCUUUUGAUCCACCUGCCUUUGCACCCUGCCUUUUAAUUGCCUCAUAUUUGCAAUGUAUCACAGAUGGUAACAUAGGUCAGAGUCUGCAUCAUGUUUUAAGUCUGCAUCAUUUCCUCUAUUAAAGUGAUUGGCGAAGGCAGAAUGACAGUCUUCAGUUCAAGUAGAGUUGUAGCUGUAGUGUCACUGCACACUGCGAAGAUGCAACCACCAAAGACUCCGAGAGGAGAUCUUUUACUUUUUUCUUUCUUUCUUCUUCUUAUUCACUUUAGAUGGUAACACAACUUGAUUUAUAAUAUAUGCGACAGAGGCUUAGAUGUUGGAGGAACAAUAACAGGUUUAUUCAGGUACAGAGCUUAGUGGUUACAAUGUUGUUCUCACUUAGAGGCACUUUUAUUAACAGUUACAAUACUAGAAUGAGGUGAGUCAAACUCCCUAAAAUGUCACUUCUUUUACUUAAAGUAGUUAGAACUUCUUCCUCUGCUACUUUUAAACCAUAGUUGCCCCUGUGAUAUACGAUCACAGAUUCUCUGUUCCUUACCAGGAUACAGACUACAUUAAAUAAGUCACCAAACUUAUUUUAAACCGACUCAAAAUGAACAAUUGAGUCUCCCUGAUCCCCUCAACCUAGGAUCAAUCUUCCCUGUGCCUCAUCAGAGCACAGAUUGAAUCCCUUUUUUAAACUCUGCACUUCUUCAACAAAAUUGCAGAUGGCUCCGCCUACUUCUCCAUGGCAACCAGCCUCUGAGUGCUGAGAUGCAAUAACUGUAAUACUUACCCUUUUAAAACACAAACACACAAUUAAACAUAACAUCUGUAAACCAAAAAUUCAUACUUCAUUACACACACCAAUGCCCAUUAUGCAUAUAGGUACAUUGUGCAUUACACAUGAAUCCACAUGAAUGUUUGAUUGUGCAUUUGGUUGCAAUUUGGUGGCUUGGAUCAGUUGUCACUGGACACAAAGAUUGGGUAACACAAUCAACAUAUAACUAUGGAAAUAUACAUUGAAAUAUCCCAUUAUAAGAACUCUAGUAAAGGUAAAAGUUUUCCCUUCACAUUAAGUCUAGUCAGGUCCGACUCUGGGGGUUUCUCCAUUUCCAUUUCUAAGCUGAAGAGCUGGCAUUGUCUGUAGACACCACUUAAGUCAUGUGGCCAGCAUGACUGCAUGGAGUGCCAUUACCUUUCUGAUGGAACAGUACCUAUUGAUCUACUCACAUUUGCAUGUUUUCAAACUGCUAGGUUGGCAGAAGCUGGGGCUAACAGCAGGAGCUCACCCCACUCCCCAGAUUGGACCCGCCAACCUUUCGGUCAGCAAAUUCAGCAGCUCACCAGUUUAACCCGCUGCACCCCUGGGUGCUCCUUAGCCAAUUAUAAGAACUCAGCCAGUUCUAUAUAAUGUUCUUAUCAUCAAAACACAAAUUGCUAACCAAGUUUUGUCCAACAUUAACCAACAAGACUUUGCUCAACUUUUCUUGGGAUCACUUAUCCUGACAGGGAUUGUUUUCAAUCUUGAGAUGGUGAUUUCCCUUUUAAUAGAAAGAUCUGUGAGGGAAACAAAACAUCACUGUUCUCCAACCUAUGUUCAGCUGUUCAAAAUGCAUGUGCAAUGGCAGGCUGCCUGCUACAGGACAGGGUUUCUUCAAAUUGACACCUGUGCCUUUUGCUCCUCAUCUUUUCCUUGAAUGUGACCGCAGUUGCUUUGUUAUGUGAAGCAAAUAAAAAUUACAUGGCUACGGCA